AUGAGAGGUUUAAUUGAAAUAGCCUUACCGCUUUUGUUAGGAUCCGUAGCUUUUGCAAGCAAUACCAAUUUAUAUUCUGGGCCUGACGACUGCAGUGAACUUGUUGAUGAAAAUACAUGUCUUUCCUUUUAUGAAUAUUUAAAUCAAAAUUCUGCUGAUUAUGUUUCACUUUCAAUUGAAGAUGCAGUCACUUACUUUGAGUCACUUGGGUUUUUCUGGCCGUUUAUACUAUGCUCAAAUUCAUACAGUAAUAUCAAACAAGAUACUCAAUUAUUAGGUGUAUACGAUUUGGCUUUUGCUGCUGAUCUAGAUGCUGUUGCACCGUCACAAUGUAUAGGAUUAAUAUCUGAGCUUAUGAAUACAUUACUGGAACCAACUCAAAUUUCUACAGAUGUUAGUUCUACUGAAGUUGGUUCUACAGAAACACUUGACUGCGAAUAUAAGGAGGCUGGAUGCAACAAUGCCUAUACUCAACUACUUUCUUCAGUUGGAUUUUUAAACAAUCCCCCAAUGACUUCUCUCGAAUUUUUGUAUAGUACCAGUAAUACACUUCUUGCUAACGUUCUGGAGUGUGCAACAAGAUACCCAACUAUAGAUUAUAAUCUUGCAACCCAUCUUUACUAUGUCCUUACUGACAACAAUCUUCCGACCACCCCUCUUUUUAAUCCAUGUGCAACAACUAACUUGGAAGCUGAUGUAACAUCGACCGAAGAAUCCACAACAACUGAUAGUCAAGUGUCUAGUACGGAAUUAAUAUCUUCAAAUGUUCAAACAAUAUCUACUCUUACAAACGAAAUUACAGUUGGUCCAUCUUCAACUGUUUGUGCUCCAUAUUAUGAUUCCCAACAAUGUGCCAAUGCUUUAACUUCAUUCGUAGGAUAUGUUUAUGCUACAGAUACCACAGAUUCUCAACAACGUAAACAUAAGCGCAAUGUUGCUGAUGUUUCACAAUAUUAUCACUCCCCUGGUAAUACAGCAUUAGCUGCAUUACUUUAUUGUUCUCAAUCCUAUCCAUUUUUUGCUGAUAUGUUCAAUAUAGCGAUUUUAAAUGAUUUAGAUAAUGCUCAAGUCGCUACGACACCAACAAUUUCAUUGUGUGAAGGACCUGCAACUUGGAUUGUUACUUUAGAUACAACGGUACCAGCUACAGUAACCGAAUCUUCGGCAGAACUAUACUCUUCAUCAUCUUCUCCUUCUUCAUCAGAGGAAUUUAUUUCGGAUUCAACAACAACUGUCGACAAUUAUGAAAGCUCUUUUACAUCUUUUACAUCUUUUACAUCUUUUACAUCUUUUACAACUUUUGAAGAUUCUGAUACACAGGCACCUACCACAGAUCAGUCUUCUGUAGAAAUUCAAAUCACAUCUUCUCCUACAAAUGAAAUUACAGCUGGUCCAUCUUUAACUGUUUGUGCUCCAUAUUAUGAUUCCCAACAAUGUGCCAAUGCUUUAACUUCAUUCGUAGGAUAUGUUUACGCUACAGAUACCACAGAUUCUCAACAACGUAAACAUAAGCGCAAUGUUGCUGAUGUUUCACAAUAUUAUCACUCCCCUGGUAAUACAGCAUUAGCUGCAUUACUUUAUUGUUCUCAAUCCUAUCCAUUUUUUGCUGAUAUGUUCAAUAUAGCGAUUUUAAAUGAUUUAGAUAAUGCUCAAGUCGCUACGACACCAACAAUUUCAUUGUGUGAAGGACCUGCAACUUGGAUUGUUACUUUAGAUACAACGGUACCAGCUACAGUAACCGAAUCUUCGGCAGAACUAUACUCUUCAUCAUCUUCUCCUUCUUCAUCAGAGGAAUUUAUUUCGGAUUCAACAACUGUCGACAAUUAUGAAAGCUCUUUUACAUCUUUUUCAUCUUUUACAACUUUUGAAGAUUCUGAUACACAGGCACCUACCACAGAUCAGUCUUCUGUAGAAAUUCAGAUCACAUCUUCUCCUACAAAUGAAAUUACAGCUGGUCCAUCUUUAACUGUUUGUGCUCCAUAUUAUGAUUCCCAACAAUGUGCCAAUGCUUUAACGUCAUUCGUAGGAUAUGUUUACGCUACAGAUACCACAGAUUCUCAACAACGUAAACAUAAGCGCAAUGUUGCUGAUGUUUCACAAUAUUAUCACUCCCCUGGUAAUACAGCAUUAGCUGCGUUAUUUUAUUGUUCUCAAUCUUAUCCAUCGAUAGCAGAUAUUUUUAAUCUUGUGAUUUUAGGUGACAUAAACAACGCCGAAGUUGCUACAACUCCAACAAUUUCAUUAUGUGAAGGACCUGCAACUUGGAUUGUUACUUUAGACACAACAGUACCAGCUACAGUAACCGAAUCUUCGGCAGAACUAUACUCUUCAUCAUCUUCUCCUUCUUCAUCAGAGGAAUUUAUUUCGGAUUCAACAACCACUGUCGACAAUUAUGAAAGCUCUUUUACAUCUUUUACAUCUUUUACAUCUUUUGAAGAUUCUGAUACGCAGGCACCUACCACAGAUCAGUCUUCUGUAGAAAUUCAAAUCACAUCUUCUCCUACAAAUGAAAUUACAGCUGGUCCAUCUUCAACUGUUUGUGCUCCAUAUUAUGAUUCCCAACAAUGUGCCAAUGCUUUAACGUCAUUCGUAGGAUAUGUUUAUGCUACAGAUACCACAGAUUCUCAACAACGUAAACAUAAGCGCAAUGUUGCUGAUGUUUCACAAUAUUAUCACUCCCCUGGUAAUACAGCAUUAGCUGCAUUACUUUAUUGUUCUCAAUCCUAUCCAUUUUUUGCUGAUAUGUUCAAUAUAGCGAUUUUAAAUGAUUUAGAUAAUGCUCAAGUCGCUACGACACCAACAAUUUCAUUGUGUGAAGGACCUGCAACUUGGAUUGUUACUUUAGAUACAACGGUACCAGCUACAGUAACCGAAUCUUCGGCAGAACUAUACUCUUCAUCAUCUUCUCCUUCUUCAUCAGAGGAAUUUAUUUCGGAUUCAACAACUGUCGACAAUUAUGAAAGCUCUUUUACAUCUUUUUCAUCUUUUACAACUUUUGAAGAUUCUGAUACACAGGCACCUACCACAGAUCAGUCUUCUGUAGAAAUUCAAAUCACAUCUUCUCCUACAAAUGAAAUUACAGCUGGUCCAUCUUUAACUGUUUGUGCUCCAUAUUAUGAUUCCCAACAAUGUGCCAAUGCUUUAACUUCAUUCGUAGGAUAUGUUUACGCUACAGAUACCACAGAUUCUCAACAACGUAAACAUAAGCGCAAUGUUGCUGAUGUUUCACAAUAUUAUCACUCCCCUGGUAAUACAGCAUUAGCUGCGUUAUUUUAUUGUUCUCAAUCUUAUCCAUCGAUAGCAGAUAUUUUUAAUCUUGUGAUUUUAGGUGACAUAAACAACGCCGAAGUUGCUACAACUCCAACAAUUUCAUUAUGUGAAGGACCUGCAACUUGGAUUGUUACUUUAGACACCACAGUACCAGCUACGGUAACUGAAUCUUCAGCAGAACCCUACCAGUCAUCAUUAUCACCAUCAUCUUCUCCUUCUUUGUCAGAGGAAUUUAUUUCGGAUUCAACAACCACUGUCGACAAUUAUGAAAGCUCUUUUACAUCUUUUACAUCUUUUUCAUCUUUUACAACUUUUGACGAUUCUGAUACGCAGGCACCUACCACAGAUCAGUCUUCUGUAGAAAUUCAGAUCACAUCUUCUCCUACAAACGAAAUUUCUGAGUUUUCUAUUUCUCUAGAACAGUCCACCACUUUGACCCAAACCACUCCCGUUUCUAAUGACGAAUCGAUAUCGACAAUUACUACUGCCCCCUUUUUAAGUUCGGAAACAGAGCCCUCUAGCAUUGAGUCCCUUAGUUCAUCAUUAAGUUCAGAAAAGGUUACAACUUAUAUUUCUACUCCAUCAUAUUCAACAUCAUUGUCAUCGGCGGUAGUAAGCACACCAUCUAGCGUUCCAACAACCCCUCUCGAGUUUGAUUCUCUUGUUAGCACUGUGGUUUCAAGAGCUCUUAGCUCAAUUUUAUCAAACAUUUCCGACCCUGCUAUAUCUAGUCUAAUUAACAGCAUUGCUAAUGCCCUCGUUAGUGCAAUUGGUUCUGUUGCUGCUAAUUUGAUUUCUUUUGCUCUCAGUUUGUUGCUUUUCCGCAGCAGAAUGUUGAAAAAGCGUGACACAGUUGAUGAUGCAAUUGCUAUUUUUACAGAAUUCACAAAUACACUUAGCAGUUGGCUUGCAGACGGUUCUUAUCAAGAUUUCCUUGCAAGCCUGAGCAGUUUAGAAGAAUACUCAGAUCCUGUCACUAUUCUUGCAAGUCUUUAUUCUUCAGUGGAAUCUACCUUUAAUGCAGUUAAAGAGGUCAUAGAUAAUUUGUCUGCUUCAUCAUCUGAUUUUAAAGCCGUGGCGGAUAAUUUUUAUUCUGUUUUUAAUCAAUUUGUUAAUGAAGUUGUUGCUGCGGUUCAGGGUUCCAGCAGUUCGUCGUUUUUAGAUUCACUUUUAGAAUCAUCUAGUUUAGAUAACUCAGUAUCUGAAUCUUCUGAAUCUUCUGAAUCUUCUGAAUCUUCUGAAUCUUCUGAAUCUUCUGAAUCUUCUGAAUCUUCUGAAUCUUCUGAAUCUUUUGAAUCUUUUGAAUCUUCUGAAUCUUCUGAAUCUUCUGAAUCUUCUGAAUCUUCUGAAUCUUCUGAAUCUUCUGAAUCUUCUGAAUCUUCUGAAUCUUCUGAAUCUUCUGAAUCUUCUGAAUCUUCUGAAUCUUCUGAAUCUUCUGAAUCUUCUGAAUCUUCUGAAUCUUCUGAAUCUUCUGAAUCUUCUGAAUCUUCUGAAUCUUCUGAAUCUUCUGAAUCUUCUGAAUCUUCUGAAUCUUUUGAAUCUUCUGAUUCUUCAGUUUCUGAGUCCUUUGUUUCUAAAUCUAAGUUUUUGGUUUCUGAGUCUUCAAUUAGUGAGCCGCUUAUAUCUGAAUCUUCUGUGUUUGAGUCUUCUGUGCAUCAAAAUUCAAAUUUUGAAUUAUCUAUCACAAUUUCGUCUCGCUCUCAAUUUUCUGAAACUGAGUUUGUUCCAUCUGAAAUAACCAAAGUUUUAGACUCAUUUACUGAAAUUUCUGAAUCCGAAUCUCAUUCUCUAGAAUUUUCCAACAUUUUUAAAUCAGAGUCUUUUAUUGGAAAAUCAAAUUUUGCUGAAGAUUUAAUCUCUUCAACCUCUUCAAUACCAUUUUCAUUUUCCGAAACUGCUACUAGUACUUUUAUCAAUACAGUAACUAAGUUUACAACCGUUACAUCUGUGGAAGGUACAAAAACUGUAACCUUUACUGAGCCUUGUGAAACUACAACUGAGACUGUAAUUGUUAAUCCUAGAACUACUAUAACAUUGAGUAAGCCGUGUUCUUCUUGCACCACUAAUACUAUAACUUCCACCGAAAUUGCUACAAUAACUUCAACCAAAUCAAAUAACGAAGUGGUCACGAUUACCACAACAAAGAAGAUACCUUUUAUUGUAGAGGUUGAUACUAUUACUGAAUCAGGUUUGACUGCAGUUAUGAAGACACUUUCUACCAAUAGUCAAGACUUAAUCGUUACUGUGACGGACGUUUGUGAUAAAUGUAUUACACAUACAGUUGUAGAAACUGGCGUUACAACAGUUGUUAAAACUUUAGAAUCUGAUGUUUUUACUGUUACUGAGCCAUGUGAAACUACUUAUACUGUUGUUGAAUCUCCUGAAGUUGUUGAAGGAUCUACAGCAACAGCCACAUGGACAUUUACUGAAACAACUUCAUUUUAUUUGAGUCCAUCUAUCCCAACAGUUCAUGCCUGUACCAAUUGCAAGACCUUAGUAACAACAAUUUCUGAGCUCACCACAUAUUUAACGGUUUCCGGAAACUCCAUUGUUACAGUUACCGAACCUUGUGAAGCCGCAUACACAGUUGUUGAGUCACCAAUUAUUUCUGGUAGUUCUACAUUGACUUCAAUUUUGACUUUUUCAAAGUCAUCUUUUGCUACCGCUACUACUCCAGAAGCUACAGCUAUUGAAAAAUGUUCCAACUGUAAAACCUUAAUUACAACGGUUUUUGGUUUUACAACUUAUUCUUCAGUUUUUAGUGAUAGCACUGCUAUAAUCACUGAGCCAUGUGAAACCACAUAUACCGUUAUUGAAUCUCCCAUUCUUUCAGAAGGCUUAAUUUCUAUUGCAAUUUACACAGUCCCAGUCAAUUCCGCUAUUACUUCAGGCACUGUUUUGACACAAAAUAGGGCUUGUGAAAAUUGUAAAACUUAUACUAUCACUAAGUCUGAAUUAACUGUUUGGACAUCAGUUUUUGAAAGUUCUACUUUUACUAUUACGGAGCCAUUUGAAACUGCAAUCACAAUUGUUGAAUUUCCAGUUUUUAGUGAAGAAUCUACAGUAUUUUCCACGCUUACUCUUGGUUCAUUUUCACCUAAACCAAAUCAAUCAGUUAUUGUUUACACUGGCACUACCACCUAUACUACAUCUUUUGACAAAUCAAUUACAUCUGUUACAAAGCCUGUUGAGUCCUCUAGUACAAUUUUUCUUUCUAGUUCCACUGAGGCAAACUUCUCAGAAAAUCAAUUUGUACCUUCCAUUACUGCUACAAGCGAAAUUUGCACUUCUUGCAAGACUUCAAGUAUAAUUGAAUCUGGUGUUAGUGUCUAUACUAUUGAAUCUGAAGGAUCUGUUAUUGUUACGAGCCAGUCAUUUACCUUCACAUACUUUGUUGUUGAAUCCACUGGUGCAUCUAGUGUUGAGACAAUGGCAAUACUAGGCUCAGAAAAAGAAACCUCAAUUCUAGAAACCACUGGUGCAGUAUCCCUAAAAUCGAACUCUCUUUUGUCUAGCUACACAUCUACUAUUAAACAGGUGAAUCCAACAAUAGGAAUUACAGGAACUGGUAAUAUAGCGCAGGUUAAUUCGGGAAUUUUAUUAGCUGUUUCCAAAGGGAUUUUGGGUAUAUGUGCUUGUGUUUUUGUUCUUUUGUUUAUUUGA